AUGAUCCCGCCAAGUGCCCGGUCUGGAGCCUGCAGUCCCGCCUGCAGGCUACGAACCCUUCUUCGAGCCGGGAUUCGCGCAGCCCCCCGGUCCAGCGCCGCCUUCUUUGCCUCGCUCCUGCACGCACCGUCUCCUGAGACUCCGAUUGCUCGCGGAUGUGCAAUCGGAUUCCCACCUCGACGAGCCUUUCACUCAUCCCCAGUCCGACUUUCGGAGGCCCCUCCGGCCUCGUCCCGGAUCUCCUAUCGGGUUGCCGUCUCGUCGUCGGGUAAAGGACGCCGUUUUCACCCUCUCAAAAACGCAUAUAAUUUUGAUCCGGCGGUGUCUGAGGUUAUCGGCGUCUCGAAAGACAAGAACCCGAGCACCCGGAGGCGCAACCGCCCCGACAGCGGCGAGGAUGCGUUCUUCGUGAGCCGGAUCGGCUCACAAAACUCGCACCGCUCUGGCGCCCCCGAUGCGGAGGCCGUUGCCUUUGCAGUCGCCGAUGGCGUGGGCGGCUGGGCGGAGUCCCGGGUUGAUCCAGCAGACUUUUCGCAUGGUCUGUGUGGAUAUAUGGCUCAGUCAGCCCUGGCAUGGGAUGCCGCCGCAGAUAAGUUGCGACCGAAGCAGCUUCUGCAGGAAGGCUACGACCAUAUCGUGGCGGAUCCCACAGUCAAGGCUGGUGGCAGCACAGCAUCAGUCGGCAUUGCGCUGCCUGAUGGCAGUGUCGAGCUGGCGAAUUUGGGUGACUCGGGUUCGGUCUUGCUCCGUCUCGCCGCGGUACACCACUAUUCGGUCCCGCAGACGCAUGGCUUCAAUACACCCUAUCAACUAAGCAUUAUUCCCCCGCGCAUGCGAGCGCAGGCCUCUGUAUUUGGUGGCGCUUUUCUGGAAGACUUCCCUCGCGAUGCGGCGGUCACCAACGUUCAGAUGCAGCACGGCGAUGUUCUGAUUUUGGCAACGGAUGGCGUCUUCGACAACCUCAACAACCAGGACAUUCUCAAGGUGGUCACCAGCCGCAUGAUUCUGACGGGCGCGUGGACUGCCACGCCAGACUAUGGUGUUGGUGUUUCGGAUGCCCUUGCUGGUUUAACAAUCGCCGGCGGACUUGCUUCCGCAUUCCCUUCUCCAACUAAAUCCAAUGCGAAGGAGCAGUCAAACCUGGAAUCUACCUUCACUCUCCAGUCUCUUCUCGCGGCCUCCAUCGCCGGCGAGGCCAAGGCCGCCAGCGCGGAUUUCCGCCGCGACGGUCCCUUCGCUAAAGAGGCUCAACGCUAUUACCCAGGUGAUUACUACCGCGGAGGCAAAGUCGAUGAUAUCUGCGCGCUAGUCCUUGUGGCCGUCAAUGAGAGUCUAGCUGCCGAAAGCCGCACCGAGUAA